AGGGGCAUGGCAACACUCCCCACACUGGGAAGGAGCUCUUGGAUGGGGUAGCACUGCACCUGCCACUCGUGGCCUGCUGUUUGUAGGGCCCAGGAGCCUUGAACCACAGACUCUCUGAGCAUGAGGUUGUUCCUGCAGCUCCCCCCCCCCAUGGCAGGGUGAAGCCAAGGCUGGGAUUUCCAGGCUUGGUUGAGGGGGGAAACGCACGGAGUCUUUAUCACCGGAAUCUCGAUGAGUAUGUUGCCCUUGCCUUUUGUGCAAAAUGCCGCUCGAGGCACUGUGCCAUCCUCUCUGCUGAGCUCACAGCAUCACCCACGACAAGAAAGGUCCCAGAAAACAUUGACUCACUGCGUGCCAGCAUCCUGCCAGGGGAUGUGUCUGCAGUGAGAUCUCCUCAGCUGGAGGGAGGCUUUCAUGGCACUGCUCACUGUGAGGCUGUUCUGCCUUCCCUGUGCUGCUGCCACCACCAGGGCUGGGGGCACCGGGGGCACUGCCAGUGCCGGGCAGGCUGGAGCUGCAGCGGGGGCUUUGCAUGUGCAGGAGCAGCUUUCGGGAGAAGCUUUCAGAUGAAAUUGCUGAGGAUUUGUGCCUGAAGCAAGGGAUGUUUCCCGUGUUUAAGACAAGCAGCAACCUGCAGUUAGAAGGAAGAAGGGGCUGAAUUCACUCCAGAAGUAUUUCUCCAGGAUCUUCUUUUCAAGGAGGCAAAAUGAUGGUUCCUGCCUUGGGAACUUGAACUGGAGGGUUUUUAAUUGGCAGGGUUUCAAGAAACGUUGGUGAAAGCCAGAGAAAGGAGAUAGGAAAGGUUUUCUAAGCAUCUAUUUGAAUGACACCUGAACAACCAGUUUAUUGCUGUUGAAAACUAUUUGUGGAGAGACCAGAGGAGAGGUCCUUGUCCCAGCUGCAGGAAAAACCUUAUUUAAGGGACCAAGAAAGAAGACAGUGAGGAGAAGGUGAGAUGGUCCCAGGAGGCUCUGCUUUCGGCAUAUGUCGUUUUCUGAGGCUUCUCUGUGCCGAGUGCUUCUGUGUCCCAUCUGCUACCACACCCUGAAAUCAAACUCGGCAGCUUAGGUGCACCAGGCACUGUACAAACAUGUCAGACUUGCCUCCACCCCUUUUUCUACUCCCGCUUUCUCCUGCCGUCUUUCUCUCUCAAGUUUAUCGGCGUGUGAGUGGAUUCCGGUGGCGGAGCAUUCCCACCUCACCUCUGGGCACAGAGCAAUGAGGAGUCAGGGGGAUGGUUCUGGAUGGGAAGAAAAACUGGGAACUGGAUUCCUUCGGGAAGGAGUUUACUUCAUCUUUGCUCUUACAGCCCAGCAACACUGUCCUCCAAUCGGCUUUGCUGCAUGACAGUGAGAGAGUUUGCCUCCAGACCCUUCUUACUCCUCUGCCUUGGAAUUGUCCACCACCAGCAUUGUUGCAGCAGGAUUGCCAGACAUUAGUGCUUUAAUGUAUUUGGGGACAGAGCACUGAAAAACAGAAGAGAAACUUGUGGCGUCAUGUUCCGCAAGAAGAAGAAGAAACGCCCGGAGAUCUCGGCUCCGCAGAACUUCGAGCACCGUGUCCACACCUCGUUUGACCCAAAGGAGGGCAAGUUUGUGGGCCUGCCCCCCCAAUGGCAGAACAUUCUGGACACGCUGAGGCGCCCCAAGCCAGUGGUGGAUCCUUCGAGGAUCACGAGGAUGCAGCUCCAGCCCAUGAAGACCGUGGUACGGGGCAGCACCGUGGAAGUGGAAGGCUACAUCUCGGGACUGCUCAACGACAUCCAGAAGCUCUCUGCCAUCAGCUCGAACACCCUGAGGGGCAGGAGCCCCACCAGCAGGAGGAGAGCCCAGUCCCUGGGGCUCCUGGGGGAUGAGAGGCCCCCGGACAUGUAUCUCCAGAGUCCUGAAGCAGACUGGGCAGACAAGUACGGGAACUACCUCAGCUGCAACGGGGGGUCCAAGGUGGCCCGCAGACAGACCAUGUGGCCGGACUACAAAGCCCGUCUGGAAGGCCAGUCCCAUCCCAAUGGAAUGGUGACCAAGGCGCAAUCCCUGGGCCCGGCCGAGUUCCAGGGCGCCGACGGCAGCUGCCUCCAGCGCAGCCCAGCGCUGCAGCAUGUGCCGGCCGGGCCGGGGGACAGCGACACCGCGCUGAGGAGCCCCGAGGAGGGCUGGCCCCAGCGAGCUGCCAGCUCCAGGCCCUCGGGGGAGGGCAGCCCCAGCUCCAAGUCCCGGGAGAACAGCCUCAAGAGGAGGCUGUUGCGCAGCGUGUUCCCCUCAUCCGGCCCCUCAAACAAGCCGGGCUCUUCCCUGCAGAUCAAGCCUAACGCUUUCUUCAGGCCCCAGCAGUGGGGCUCCCCGCGCAGCCCUGCAGCCAAAGCCCAGUCUCUGCCGCCAGAUCCGCCCGCCCCCGAUUUCCCCAGGGGGGUGUCGGAAGCCGGGACCCCCCAGCAGUCCCCGCCCGUGGAGAAGGCGGUGGCCCUGCCCCCGGGCCGGCCCUCGCCAGCCGGGUCCCCCCGCAACCGGCACACCCAGACCAGCUCCAGCAACCUCCACCUGCCCCCCGACUCCGGCGGGAAGGGGCAGCCGGUGGGCGAGGACCCCGUGGUGGUGACCCACGAGCAGUUCAAAGCUGCCCUCAGGAUGGUCGUGGACCAGGGGGACCCGCGGGCAAUGCUGGAGAACUACGUCAAGAUCGGGGAGGGCUCCACGGGCAUCGUGUGCAUCGCGCGGGAGAAGCACUCGGGGCGCCAGGUGGCCGUCAAAAUGAUGGACCUGAGGAAGCAGCAGCGCCGCGAGCUGCUCUUCAACGAGGUGGUGAUAAUGAGGGACUAUCAGCAUGUCAAUGUCGUGGAGAUGUACAAGAGCUACCUCGUGGGAGAGGAGCUCUGGGUGCUGAUGGAGUUCCUGCAGGGGGGAGCCCUCACAGACAUUGUGUCUCAAAUCAGGCUGAACGAGGAGCAGAUUGCCACGGUGUGCGAGUCGGUGCUGCAGGCUCUGUCCUACCUCCAUGCCCAGGGGGUCAUUCACAGGGACAUCAAGAGUGACUCCAUCCUUCUCACUCUGGAUGGCAGGGUCAAACUCUCAGAUUUUGGCUUCUGUGCUCAGAUCAGUAAAGAUGUACCCAAGAGAAAGUCCCUGGUGGGUACUCCCUACUGGAUGGCUCCGGAAGUCAUUGCCAGGAUACCGUACACCACCGAGGUGGAUAUCUGGUCCCUGGGGAUCAUGGUGAUAGAGAUGGUGGAUGGAGAACCCCCCUACUUCAGUGAUUCUCCAGUCCAGGCAAUGAAGAGACUCCGAGACAGUCCUCCUCCCAAACUGAAGAACUUCCACAGGACCUCCCCGGUUCUGAGAGACUUCCUGGACAGGAUGUUGACACGGGAUCCUUUGGAAAGAGCAACAGCACAAGAACUUCUGGAUCAUCCCUUUUUGCUCCAGACAGGACUUCCAGAGUGUUUGGUGCCCCUUAUCCAACAGUACAGGAAGCGCACCUCCACCUGCUGACUCUGCCUGAGGGGAAAUUGUGGGCAAAAAGGAAUGGUUAUAAAAAAAGAAACCUGAAAAACGAAGAGCCCAGGUGGUUUCAUCCUGUGAAUGGUGCUUGGAACUUGUCAGCGAUGGCUUUAGAGGAAGAGUGUGAAUCCUGUCCGUGCAUUCGCAGCCUUCGGGGGCUUCUCCUUUGCUGAAGACAAUCAAUACAGACAAGAUCCAGGUGAGACCGAGGAUAAAGCGGGUAUUCUAUGCCUUGGGAAUCGCUGCUGCCGGAGGAGGCAUUUGAAGCCAAGUCUGAAGUUGUAUAUCUGAAUGUCUGUGAGUUUCUGCACAUCUUGGCUGCUGAACACUGAACUGGAAUGGUGUUUCCCAGUUAGAAAUGUGAUCUUUGCUUCCUUCAUUGUCCACUGGAGUCCUGCGCUGACCCAUUCCGGGGCACAGACCCCUUUAAACUGUCAAAUGCACAAAGACUUAAAUUUUUUUCGUCUGAGACUUUUUCACAGACAAUUUUAAUUUCCUUGGGUUAAUUGUGGACCUGGAAACCUGCCCACACUUCCCUCGGGAGCGAUGUGAUGUGUAUAUAUUUGUUUCUAAGUGGCUCUCUUGCAUCAACAGGCUUCUCUUUUGCUGCGGAAUGUGUAUGGUUUAGUGGUCAACCUUGAAUCCAUUUCAUGAUUUUAAACUUCUGGAAAUCCUUGGAUACAGGCCUCCAAGUGGACUCUGUGAAGACCAG